GACUAUUGUGGAUCCCGGUGAUCUGCUUGUUAGCCCCGGAAGUGAUUAGAUGGUCCUAGGUAAACUAGACUAGCCUCGAGCGUUCUGUGUCCCGGUGAACGGAUUGUUGUCACCCCUCCCAAUCCCAACCACAGGCUAUUUCCCAAAGCCUAUUGAACUGGACCGUCAAAAAUGCAAUCUUCGGAGCUGAGGAAAAAUGUUGGCCAGCUUUUCGCGGUUGGCUUCCAUGGGCUCACCCCGAGCCCGGAAAUUAAAACCCUGAUCCAUGAUCAUGGUGUUGGUGGAAUUGUCCUAUUUAAAAGAAAUAUCCAAGACGCAGCCCAGUUGCAGGCUUUGACGUUGGCCCUCCAAGAGGAAGCAAAGGCUGCUGGGCAUGAGCAUCCGCUGUUCAUUGGAAUUGACCAAGAAAAUGGAUGGGUCACUCGGAUAUCGCCACCAAUCGCUCCUCAACUGCCAGGCGCGAUGGCUUUGGGGGCUACCUAUGACCCAGAACUCGCCUACAAAGUGGGAGCUGCCACCGGUGAAACGCUGAGGCUUUUUGGGAUCAACAUGAAUUAUGCGCCCGUCUGCGACAUUAAUUCGGAGCCCCUGAACCCUGUCAUUGGUGUACGCAGUUUCGGGGAUGAUCCCGGUUACGUGGGACGGUUUGCGGGAGCAACUGCCCAAGGUCUACGAGAGCAGAAAGUGGUUCCUACUGUUAAGCAUUUCCCCGGUCACGGAGAUACUGCGGUAGACUCCCAUUACGGACUUCCGGUGAUAAAGAAGACUAGGGAUCAAUUGGAACAGUGUGAAUUGAGACCCUUUCGUCGAGCAGUCGCUGAAGGCAUAGAGGCCGUGAUGACCGCACAUAUUUCCCUACCUGCUCUCGGCGAAACCGAACUCCCCGCCACUCUUUCUGCCGAUGCCUUGAACAUCCUGCGCGAGGACAUGCAAUAUGACGGUAUGGUCGUUACGGACUGUCUUGAAAUGGACGGAAUUCGUGCAACCUACGGUACUGAGCAAGGUGCUGUCCUUGCGCUUGGGGCUGGCAGUGACAGCAUUAUGAUCUGCCAUACUUAUAAUGUGCAGGUAGCGUCAAUUAAUCGUGUUAUAGGGGCUAUUGAAUCCGGGGAAGUUUCAACGGUGCGUCUUAUGGACGCACUUCGCCGGGUUGCCAAAGUAAAACAGGCCUUCUUAAACUGGGACACCGCGCUACAAUUGCAGAGCCUAGACGGCCUCAUUCCCAUCAACGACAAGUCGGUUGAUCUUGCUGCCAAUGUGUAUUCAAAAUCCGCUACCAUUGUUCGUGAGAAGCCCGGCGUCUUGUCCAAACUCUUCAGCGAAUCAUCUACCGUAUUGUUUCUCUUCCCGGGCGAAAAGACCCCCGCUGGUGGUGCAGUAGACGGGGAAGGACUGGGGAGAAAAGGAUCCCACAACGCCACGGAGUAUCUUGAAAUACUCAAAAAGCAAUGCCCGAAUGCCACUGAAGUUUGCUACACGGAGCCGGGCCUGUCAUCAGAACAGUGGAGCCUUGUUGAGGCAGUCGAUGUCAUCGUAUUCACAUCAAUCAAUGCUCGAGAAUCACCAUACCAAAGGCGAGUGGGCCUUGAAUUAGCACAAAGAGCCCAGAAUAUCGUUUCAAUUGCAGCUUGCAGUCCUUAUGACUUCUUAGACGAUGCUAGCAUUGAAACAUAUGUCACCACAUAUGAACCAACGGUUGAAGCCUUUUUUGCAGCCGUAAAGCGGAUGAAAGGCCAGGAAAUUGUUCAGAAAGGCCAACUGCCAAUUGGACCACUAAAGCCAACUCCAGGAUGGAUCGCAGUAGAUGACUACGUGUCAUCUAUGGACCUUUUGCCCGUGUUGGCGCUUUGGAAGAAGGCGCUGCCCACUUAUCCUCUACUUCACGAGAGCCCCGAGAGGUUAUUAUCACGAAAGAAUGCACACCAUUUUGUCGUUAGAGGCGAUACAGAUCUGGUCGGAUUCUGCCUUCUGUACACUGAGGAGAAACGGGACGUCACCUGUGGUUACCUAGCGGUGUUGGCUGUUGACCCCAAGAAGCAGGGGUUAGGGGUGGGAACUGCUUUGAUUGAAGCAUGCCGGUCGUGGCUCAAAAAAGAAUUCAAGAACCCUCGUUUGGAACUGGGCAGCUCAUUUCCUCGCUUCUGGCCCGGCAUUCCGACUGAUCUGCCUUCGGAAACCCAACAGUUCUUUGUCCAUCGAGGCUUUCAACUGAAUCCCCCGUCGGCCCGCUCUGUCGACCUCUACCAGGACAUCCGGAAUUUCGAGGUCCCGGUAAGGUAUGCCGCUAGAGCUCGCGAGCGAGGAUAUACUUUUGGACCUCUAAAGCCAGAGGAUUUCCUCAAGGGAUUGUCGGGACAGAAGAGAAACUUCUCAGACAACGAGGCCUGGGUUCAAAAGUUUAUGGACCUCGACCCAACUCUUUACCCUUCUAGCAUCAUGACAGCGUGGGACUACGAGGGGAACCAGGUGGCUUGGGCGCUCAUGCUGGGAUCGGAAUGCGAUAUUUUGCGACAAGAUUGGGUAUUCCCUCCCAUGUGCGGCCCUAGAACGGGCCUGAUCGGCUGCGUUGGCGUGGACAAAGCUCACCGCAAGAAUGGAAUCGGCCUUGCUCUUGUCGGCCAUGCCAUCGAAAACAUGAAGAACAGAGGCAUCGAAGGGGUUUUCGUGGACUGGGUGGCUUUGGAUGGCUGGUAUGAACAGCUGGGCUUCGAGGUUUGGCGCAGCUAUCGACCCGGUCGGAUGGCCCUGUAGACUGAACUGGGUUUUUGACGCUAUCGCAACGGUACCUACCCAGAACCUACCUACGUAGUUAGUCUGUAAGCAGCUCUCCAUCCUGGACGAAUGAAAAC